AUGGCAAUUGUGUGGGCUUCCAACUGUGACGACAGCUGGAAGUCCCUCCCCGGGCUGUGCAGGACGGAGCUUUUCUUUGGCAGAGCAAUCGAGUCGCAGGCCGCCGUCAGGGAGAAGAAAGUUAGCGAAAUGGUCGAAUUCCUUGCCGCUAGAAAAGGGAAAGUGGUUGAUAUUGGGGCAAUCGUGUUAACCACCAUUUUCAACUCGAUGUGCAACCUUUUCUUCUCUGAGGACUUGUUGGGGUUGGAAGAUACUAAGGGGAAGGCUAGUGGGUUAAAGAGUUAUAUUUGGAUAUUGAUGGAGCUUGCAACUGCUCUGAAUAUUGCUGAUUUUUACCCUGUUCUAGGACACCUAGAACCUCAGGGCUUGAAGUAG